ACAAUGUCUUUCACAGGAACUUUGGAUAAAUGCAAAGCUUGCGAUAAGACUGUUUAUUUUGUUGAUUUAUUGAGUGUUGAUGGGACUACUUAUCAUAAAGCUUGCUUUAAAUGCAGUCAUUGCAAAGGCACUCUCGCGAUGAGCAGCUACUCAUCCAUGGAUGGUGUUCUUUACUGCAAGCCUCACUUUGAACAACUCUUCAAAGAAUCUGGGAAUUUCAGCAAGAAUUUCCAAACUUGUAAUUCGACGAAACCAGAUAGAGAAAGCGCGCAGUCAAGAGCUCCAAACAAACUUUCUUCUAUGUUCUCUGGUACCCAAGACAAAUGUAGACAAUGUAACAAAACUGUCUACCCCCUGGAAAAGAUAACGAUGGAAGGAGAACCGUACCACAAAUUAUGCUUCAAAUGUGCUCAUGGAGGUUGCCCUCUUACACACUCAUCAUAUGCUGCCCUUAAUGGUAUUCUUUACUGCAAACACCAUUUUGCUCAACUCUUCAUGGAGAAAGGAAACUACUCUCAUGUCCUCGAGGCCGCCAACAAAAAGAGCAACACAAAGGCGGAGGAAGACGUUGCACCUGAGCAGCCACCAACACAAGAGGAAGGUGAUGGAGAUGGAGGAGGAGGAGGAGGAGAAGGCGAAGCGGAGGACGAUAGCCAACCAGAACCACCACCGGAGGAGGAGAAACCACCGGAAGAGGACCAGUACUAAAUAUGUUCACAUACUUUAUAUAUACACACAAAUCUUUAUUUUUCUGUCAAUGUAACUUU